UGCAGGCCGCGCUCGUGGGCUGCGCCGUCUGGCGCGAGGAGCGUGCGGGCGCCGGGGCCUGGCGCUGGGAACGCGCCGUCGGUGUGGACUGUAGCGUCCCGGAGCCGCGCUGCCUGUGGCUGCCGUACCUCGGCCACAGUGAUCGACGUGCGCCCGCGCUGUGCCGGGCCGGGCUGCCACUGGGCCCAAGAGAUGGGUGUUCUUCUGGGCGCCCCCUCCCCUGGCAGAGCCCAAGGACACUGCUGCUGCACAAAAGUCUCCAGGAUGGCUUUGGUUUCACCUUACGUCACUUCAUCGUGUACCCACCCGAGUCAGCUGUGCACUGCAGCCUGAAGGAAGAAGAGAAUGGAGGACGACAACGAGGAGGAGGAGGAGGAGGAGGAGGAGGAGGACCCUCUCCCCGGCACCGCUUGGAGCCCAUGGAUACCAUCUUUGUCAAGAAUGUGAAGGAUGGUGGCCCUGCCCACAAGGCAGGGCUUCGCACAGGAGACAGGCUUGUGAAGGUGAAUGGGGAAAGCGUCAUUGGAAAGACCUACUCCCAGGUCAUAGCUUUGAUCCAGAACAGUGAUGACACCCUGGAGCUCUCCAUCAUGCCCAAGGAUGAAGACAUCCUCCAGCUGGCCUACUCCCAGGACGCCUACCUGAAGGGCAACGAGCCGUAUUCUGGAGAGGCCUGCAGCAUCCCAGAACCUCCCCCACUCUGCUACCCCCGGAAGACCUAUGCCCUACCAGCCCGGGUCACUGCCUGGGCCACUGUGGUGCCUGAGCCUGUCUCAGCACUGGCCAUGGACCCUCGAAGUCCUGCUGCCUGGAGUGACCCAGGGCCCUGUGUCCCAUCUGUCACCCGUGCCCAUCUGGACAACUCUUCUUUGGGGAUGAGCCAGCCCCGCUCAAGCCCUGGUGCCUUCCCUCAUCUCCCGUCGGAGUCCCGGAUGCCCCGUGCCUUCCCGGAGCCCAGCAGCCGGGUGCUUCCCAGCAGACUGGAGUGCCAGCAGGCUCUGUCACACUGGCUGUCAAACCAGGUACCCCGCAGGGCGGGGGAGAGACGGUGCCCAGCCAUGCCACCCCGGGCCCGCAGCGCCUCCCAGGAUCGGUUGGAGGAUGUGACUACCCACUGCCCAUGGCCCUGCUCCACCUCCCAGGAUGCCUUGAGCCAGCUGGGACAGGAGGGCUGGCACCGAGCUCGCUCAGAUGAUUACCUGAGCCGGGCUACCCGCUCUGCUGAAGCACUGGGACCAGGAGCACUGUUGUCACCUCGCCUUGAGCGCUGUGGCUGGGCUUCCCAGCGUCCAUCAGCUCACACUUCUGCCUGCCCUCAGGACCUGCCAGGGCCUCAGGCCCCUCCCCCACCUGGCUUGCAGGGCCUGGAUGACAUUGGGUACAUUGGAUACCGAAGUUACAGCCCAUCAUUCCAGCGCCGGACUGGCCUUCUGCAUGCACUGUCCUUCCGGGACUCACCAUUUGGGGGGCUUCCUACCUUCAACUUGGCCCAGUCCCCUGCAUCAUUCCCACCAGAGGCCUCCGAACCACCUCGAGUUGUCAGACCAGAACCCAGCACCCGAGUCCUGGAGCCUCCCGCUGAGGAUCACCGUGAUGAGGUGGUCCUGAGGCAGAAACCUCCGACAGGUCGUAAAGUCCAGCUGACCCCUGCAAGGCAGAUGAACCUUGGAUUUGGUGAUGAGUCCCCAGAGCCAGAGGCCAGUGGGCGAGGGGAACGCCCAGGCAGGAAGGUGGCCCCUUUGGCCACUACGGAAGACUCUCUGGCUUCUAUCCCCUUCAUUGAUGAGCCCACCAGCCCCAGCAUUGACCUCCAAGCGAAGCAUGUCCCUGCCUCUGCAGUGGUCUCCAGUGCCAUGAAUUCAGCCCCUGUCCUGGGCACCAGCCCAUCCUCACCAACCUUCACCUUUGCCCUUAGCCGCCAUUAUUCACAGGACUGUAGUAGUAUCAAGGCAGGCCGCCGCUCCUCCUAUCUGCUGGCCAUCACCACAGAGCGCUCCAAGUCCUGUGACGAUGGGCUCAACACCUUCCGGGAUGAGGGCCGAGUGCUGCGGCGCCUACCCAACCGUGUGCCCAGCCUAAGGAUGCUCCGGAGCUUCUUCACCGACGGGUCUUUAGAUAGCUGGGGCACCUCUGAAGAUGCUGACGCCCCCUCUAAACGACACUCAACCUCUGACCUCUCAGAUGCAACCUUCAGUGAUAUCCGGAGAGAAGGCUGGUUGUAUUAUAAGCAGAUUCUCACCAAGAAGGGGAAGAAAGCGGGCGGCGGCCUGCGCCAGUGGAAGCGGGUGUACGCCGCGCUGCGGGCGCGCUCGCUCUCGCUGAGCAAGGAGCGGCGGGAGCCCGGGCCGGCGGCGGGGGCUGCGGCGGUCGGCGCAGGUGAGGACGAGGCGGCGCCCGUCUGCAUCGGCUCCUGCCUGGUGGACAUCUCCUACAGCGAGACCAAGAGGAGGCACGUGUUCCGGCUGACCACCGCUGACUUCUGUGAAUAUCUCUUUCAGGCUGAGGACCGGGAUGACAUGCUGGGCUGGAUCAGAGCGAUCCGGGAGAACAGCAGGGCCGAGGGCGAGGACCCCGGCUGUGCCAACCAAGCUCUGAUCAGCAAGAAGCUUAAUGAUUACCGCAAAGUGAGCCAUAGCUCUGGGCCUAAAGCUGAUUCCUCCCCAAAAGGCUCUCGGGGCCUGGGGGGCCUCAAGUCUGAGUUCCUCAAGCAGAGUGCAGCCCGUGGCCUCAGGAUUCAGGACCAGCCUGCAGGGAGCAAGGAUGAUAGUGUGGCAGCCCCCAAAACUCCUUGGGGCAUCAACAUCAUCAAGAAGAACAAGAAGGUUGCCCCUAGGGCAUUUGGGAUCCGGUUGGAGGAGUGCCAGCCUGCUACUGAGAACCAGCGUGUCCCCCUGAUCGUGGCUGCCUGCUGUCGUAUUGUGGAGGCACGGGGGCUGGAGUCCACCGGCAUUUACAGGGUGCCUGGCAACAAUGCAGUGGUAUCUAGCUUGCAGGAGCAGCUCAACCGUGGGCCCAGUGACAUCAACCUGCAAGAUGAGCGCUGGCAAGACCUCAACGUGAUCAGCAGCCUGCUCAAGUCCUUCUUCCGAAAGCUGCCAGAGCCCCUCUUCACUGACAAUAAAUACAACGACUUCAUUGAGGCCAAUCGCAUUGAAGACUCAAGAGAGCGGAUGAAGACACUGCGGAAGCUGAUCCGGGAUCUCCCAGGACACUACUAUGAAACGCUCAAAUUCCUCGUGGGUCAUCUCAAGACCAUUGCUGACCACUCAGAGAAAAACAAGAUGGAGCCCCGGAACCUGGCUCUAGUCUUUGGACCGACGUUGGUAAGGACAUCUGAGGACAACAUGACAGACAUGGUGACACACAUGCCGGACCGCUACAAGAUCGUGGAGACACUGAUCCAGCAUUCAGACUGGUUCUUCAGUGAUGACGAGGACAAAGGAGAAAGAACCCCUGUGGAUGACAAAGAGCCACAGUCAGUGCCCAACAUCGAAUACCUCCUGCCCAACAUUGGCAGGACAGUGCCACCCAGUGAUCCAGGCUCAGAUUCUACCACUUGCAGUUCAGCCAAGUCCAAGGGUUCCUGGGCCCCCAAGAAAGAGCCUUACACCCGGGAGAUGCUGGCGAUCUCCUUCAUCUCAGCGGUCAACCGCAAGCGGAAGAAGCGGCGGGAAACGCGGGGCCUGGGCAGCAGUACCGACGACGACUCCGAGCAGGAGGCGCACAAGGCCGCAGCGGGGGCGCCUGCGACGCUCCAGCCACUCCAGAGCCAGCCGUUGGGCCCCAAAGCCGCGCAGGACCCUGGUCACCUCAGCCCCCCGACGGCGCCUGACGAGCGGCCUGCGGCGGACACGCGCUCCAUCGUGUCCGGCUACUCCACUCUGUCCACCAUGGACCGCAGCGUGUGCUCGGGCGCGGGCGGGCGGCGGGCGGGCGCGGGCGACGAGGCGGACGAUGAGCGCAGCGAGCUGAGCCACGUGGAGACGGACACGGAGGGCUGCGCGGGCCCCGGGGGACGCCUGACUCGCCGGCCGUCCUUCAGCUCGCACCACCUCAUGCCGUGCGACACGCUGGCGCGCCGCCGCCUGUCCCGAAGCCGCGCGGACGGUGAGGGCGCGGCCGCGGUCCGGGCGGGUCCCGGUGGCCCAGAGACGCCAGGCUCGGCUUCGUCCAGCAGCCAGGAGUCGCUGCGCCCCCCCGCGGCCGGCCCGGCGCUCGCCUCGAGACCUUCGCGCAUGGAGGCCCUGCGCCUGCGCCUCCGCGGCACCGCCGACGACAUGCUGGCGGUGCGGCUGCGGAGGCCGCUGUCCCCUGAGACGCGGCGGCGCCGGAGCAGCUGGCGGCGCCACACGGUGGUAGUGCAGAGCCCGAUCACCGACCUCAACUUCAACGAGUGGAAGGAGCUGGGCGGAGGCGGCGCCUCGGAGCCCGCGGGCGCUCGAGCGCACAGUGACAACAAGGACUCCGGCCUCAGCAGCCUCGAGUCCACCAAGGCGCGGGCCUCGUCGGCCGUCUCGCUGCCGUCGGGAGACCCGGGGGUCCUGCAGGGCCAGCCCCCACGCCGCUCGGCUACCGCUCGCCUCCACCAGUGUCUGUGACACCUGCCGUCAUCCUGCACCGCCCAGAUCCCGGCCUCCCGCAGCCCCCCUGGGAAGCAGGCGUCCCCUCGGGUGCGGCAGGAGGAUCCAGUCCUCCCGAAACUUCAGGGCGGUCCUGGUGCUGUGUGUUGGAGUUAGAAGGGGUGGGCAGAGAAGAAGCCAGAGCUGGACAGAGGGAGUUACCGGAAGAGAGUGGACCCCCCCCCGGAGAGGGGAGGGGCUGCUGGACUCUAUGUCCCCCGGAUAUAGGCCUGAGUGGCCCUUUUCUGUGACUCCACUUAGGCACCCUGAUGGACCAUGGGGUGUGGGGAGAGAGCCCAAGUUUCAGACUGAAGGAAAGACAGGCCAGCUUUUGCUUAUGUCCUCUGCCCUCCCCCAUUAGCUCCUAGCCAAGGAGGGGGAGCGUGUGUCUGAGGAGAGGCUGUGUAAGGUUGGGUGGCUGUGGGAGAUGGAGUUUGUGUGUGUGAGUGUGUGUAGUCAUUGUGCAGAAGAUGUCCCCAGUAGCAACUUCUACUCCAACCCCUUCAUUCCCCUGCCUGUCCCCCAGCUAGGCCCCUGCCUUUGGUGUUUCCUGUCACCUUAUCCCCAUGCUGAUCAGAGCCCAGGUGGGGGUUGAGGCCGCUCCACAGUCACCCCUCUAAAGCUCUUUGACCGUUGGACCUGCCUGCUCCCCAGUUUUGGGGGUCCAGGGUCCGCCCUGCAGCUGGCACCUUUCUCAGUGUUCCUUCCAGUUCGCCUGCUUACACAGCUCAGCACACAGAUCCUCACCUUCUUCCCCUUAGGAGAGAACAGUCAGGAGCACUCUGUCUCUCACACACCAAUUUAUGGGGUCUGAGCUGGGCUGUUCCUGUAGGAUGGGUGGGACCCAACUCCCCUUCUCCCCACAUUGUAAAUAAACCUCAGAGCACCAGCCCUCCCUCCACCCUCACUCAUUCCAGGGACACCCCAGUGGAGGUUCGAACCCCACUACCCAUCUGUCAGUCUUGGUUUAUGCAAAGAUUUGCUGUAAAGUCGAUUUCUCUCCUCCCCUCCCUUUUAUUGUAAAUAUUGUCUCUAAUGUGUAACAUAUUAUAAAGAAUUUAUAAGGAUUUUAAAAGAUGUUUUGCUCAUUUUAAAAAGUGUUGUAACAGUGUUGGAUAAAGCCCCCAGGUCCGCAUGGCUCCUCCCACUGUGUCCUUGACACACCUCUCUAGGCAACAACUAAAAUUUCCUGCUUCUGAAAAGUCCUGUCUACAGUCUAUAUCUUGGAAAUAAAUGGCCUUCCU